CUGUGGUGUGUUUAUUUCUGAUUUUUGUAAACUAAAAACAAGAAAUUCGAAAUUAAAAAAAUUAAUGUUGAUCUAUCAUUCAAAUUUUCUGAAACGCUUCUAUAGUUCAUAGUGUUGAAGGCAACUACCCAACCCACGUUUUCACUGAAUUAUCCUUAAUUGAUGAAAAGAUGAGUGCUCAACAAAGCCCAGCAAAUCAAACAGUAGAGCGAGAAAAGGUGUAUUUGUGGAUUUUGGAAUUAACAAAUCCAGAAACUAGGGAAAACGCCCUACUUGAAUUGAGUAAGAAACGAGAAGUAGUUCCUGAUCUAGCUCCAAUGUUAUGGAACAGUUUUGGAACCACAGCAGCUCUAUUGCAAGAGAUUAUAAAUAUUUACCCAGCCAUAAACCCACCCACACUAACAGCACACCAAUCAAACAGAGUUUGCAAUGCAUUGGCUCUCUUGCAGUGUGUUGCAUCUCACCCUGAAACACGUUCCCAGUUUCUACUUGCUCAUGUACCCCUGUUCCUAUAUCCAUUUCUCCAUACAUCAUCUAAAACUAGGCCAUUUGAAUAUCUGAGGUUAACUAGUCUUGGAGUUAUUGGAGCCUUAGUAAAGACUGAUGAACAAGAAGUGAUAACAUUUUUGUUGACCACAGAGAUUAUUCCACUGUGCUUGAGGAUUAUGGAGUCAGGUUCUGAAUUGAGUAAAACAGUGGCUACAUUUAUUCUUCAGAAGAUUUUGUUGGAUGAUAGUGGUUUAUCCUAUAUAUGUCAAACUUAUGAUAGAUUCAGUCAUGUUGCAAUGAUUCUGGGUAAAAUGGUGAUAUCUCUGGCUAAAGAACCUUCUGCAAGAUUAUUGAAACAUGUUGUUAGAUGUUACCUAAGACUUUCUGAUAAUCCAAGAGCUAGGGAAGCCUUGAGGCAAUGCCUACCAGAUCAAUUGAGAGACAAUACAUUUAAUGUUUGUUUACAAGAAGAUAAAUCCACUACACAUUGGUUGUCUCAGCUAUUGAAGAAUCUCGAAACAGCAGCUCCAACAGAUCCAAGACAGGUUGGGAUGUCACCCCUUACAUCUCAAUAAGAAGUUCUGAUAUAAUUCUUCCCAAACUGCUGCACAAAUUGAACCAAUCAAGCAAACUUUCAUGUGGAUAAAAAAAUUGAACUAAGGAUUAAUUUUCUAUUGAGAGAAUGAAAGUUGAAUUAUACUAUAUUAGAUAUUUUGAAAGUUGCAGAUUCAGAAACAUCUUCAGGUGUUCAUUAUCACCCAUCAAUUGAAAUAAUAAAUUAGACUUAGCAAAAAGAAAUCAGAAUUCUAUUCAAAAUGAGAAUUUCCAUUUUCUCAGUUUGAUCUCCAGAAAUACAUAAUUUAAUUCUUACUUCAGUUCUUUAACUAAACUCUGCAUGAACCUCUAGUCUUGAUAUUAUGUUGUAAUAAUAAUUGUGAACAGAAGCUUCAACUCUGAAGAACUUAAUGUACAAAUUCAAACUAUACAUUUUUCGUGAUAUUUAUUCUGUAAAUUUGUCAUUGACUGUAUUUUUUGUCAUCUUAUUCUUGAGGGAAAAAUAAAUGUUGAUUUGUUUUUGU